CUACAAAAUGCAAUUGUUACGCACAUUUUUAUUAUAUAUCUAUUUUCGUAUUUGAAAAGCAAACAUAUAGUUCACCGCUAUAAAUAAAAUACGGGUAUAUAAGGUGUUUUGAAUCAUUUACGCUUACAUUUCAUUUUAGGUCUACGUAUGAAUAGAUGGAAUAACAACCCCGAAGAAAUUUUAACAAAAAAGGUAUCUAAAAUGUCUAAUUCAUCUACAUUCAAUAUUCUAGAUUUAAACAAUUACAUAUUACUAGAAAUACUUGGAUUUCUAAACGCAACUGAUUUGUGGUUGUUAAGCAAAACUUGUGGACGUUUAAACGAUCUUAUAGAAAAAGAAUGUUUCUGGCGUUAUAUUGAUGCACGCGACUCACCAAAUACUGUUGAGAAAAUUGAAUAUUGUGCGCAGAAAUGUAAUCAGGCUACAAGAGACGUUCGAAUAUGUGCUGAUGGAAGACAUCUUGUAAUAAUUUCAAGUACAUUUUUUCGAUAUUUAAAUCGUGCCAGUAUUACAAUUUUGGCUUUGGAAAAUCAGAAAAUAUGUGGCAACGACAUACAGCUGAAACACUUUCCCGAAAAUCUAAUGGAAUUAAGUCUUAAGAAAACCUAUAUUACAGAAAUAAACGAAUUUUUAACAUAUUAUGAUCACCAAUUGAAGAAGUUAAAAGUUAAGUAUUUACUUGUAUCUAAAAUGUCUAAUUCAUCUACAUUCAAUAUUCUAGAUUUAAACAAUUACAUAUUACUAGAAAUACUUGGAUUUCUAAACGCAACUGAUUUGUGGUUGUUAAGCAAAACUUGUGGACGUUUAAACGAUCUUAUAGAAAAAGAAUGUUUCUGGCGUUAUAUUGAUGCACGCGACUCACCAAAUACUGUUGAGAAAAUUGAAUAUUGUGCGCAGAAAUGUAAUCAGGCUACAAGAGACGUUCGAAUAUGUGCUGAUGGAAGACAUCUUGUAAUAAUUUCAAGUACAUUUUUUCGAUAUUUAAAUCGUGCCAGUAUUACAAUUUUGGCUUUGGAAAAUCAGAAAAUAUGUGGCAACGACAUACAGCUGAAACAUUUUCCCGAAAAUCUAAUGGAAUUAAGUCUUAAGAAAACCUAUAUUACAGAAAUAAACGAAUUUUUAACAUAUUAUGAUCACCAAUUGAAGAAGUUAAAAGUGUUAAUAUUAGAUCAGUGUUGUUGGGUUAACGGAAAAAUUUUACACAGAUUCGGAGAUUUAAAAUCCUUAGAAAUUAUAUCAUUGUACAAAUGUAAAGGAUUGUACGAUGUUGAAUUGGGAAUGAUACAGACCUUUAAUCAGUUACGAAUUGCGGAUUGUCGAUUUUCUGGCCUAGGAAACUUCUUUUUACAAAGCCUUGCUAGAAAACCAAAAGUCCAAGAAAUUUAUUUUCAAAACUACCUCACUACAUAUUUUGUGGAAAAGAACGCACGCGACAUGGAAAUUAAAAAUAGUAAAUCCAAAAAUUUUAAAUAUUCUUAUAUAACCGAAAAUGACGAUAUCCCUUUAUGGAAUGAAACCGCUUUACAUAAAUUUGUUGGAUCUACUUCUACAACAGAAAAAGUUCCGUAUGGACAUCUAACCGAAACUAGUACAGAGUUAUACGCCACCGCUAAUCCAAUUGAUGAAAAUUAUAAUUUCCACAGCCUUUUAUAUCAGCGACCUUAUGAAAAAUGCACUUGCCAAAAUAAUCCUGAUUUAACAUUGAAAAAAUGA